AUGGAUACACAUAUUUUCCCAUGGUUGUACAAGGAUUCACACACUCAUUUCUACACGUCUUGGAUUAGUGGUGGAUCUUCUAGCAAGGGUUGUUGGAACAUGAAAUGCCCUGGCUAUCACAAGACAUCAUCGAGGAUAGCUCCAGGCCAGGUCAUCAGUCCACUUUCACGUAUCAAUGGCAACAAAUCAUAUAUCACACUAAGAAUAUUCAAGGAACCAUCUUCAGGUGAUUGGAAGAUCCAUGUGGGAGCUAACAGUGGGCAUCCAAAACUCGUGGGUUACUUCCCUAAAUCCUUGAUUACAAGACUCAUAGAUAAACCCGUGGAGAUAAGCUUCGGUGGCUAUGUCAAGCAUAGGAAAUCACGACCAAGUCCUCCAAUGGGAAGUGGCUAUGUUUUCGAAACCGGCAGGGCUGCAUCCUUCGGUAUACUCAAGCUUAUCGAUGCACAGGGUAUUGAUCAUACCAUCAUUGCAGAUCUUCCAUCUUCUACUGAUGGCAAAGGUUGCUAUACUCCUUCAAAAAUAAAGUGGGCACAGUUCUUUUAUGGGGGGCCAAGUUGUGUUGAUUAACUAUGUGAUAUUUCACUUAUGUACUUCAAACGCUAAAAAAUAAUCAAGAAAGGAGUGUUCAUCAUGUCCUCACUACAAAUUUAAAUUCCCAACUGUAGUACAUACCAUGCAAUCUCUAGCUUGUAUAAAAAACUUAUGGGGUGGUUUUUCCAACCAUUGUGUGAGAUAGAUCACUAAUCUCUAGCGAA